GUAUUGUUCGUCAGCUGCAGAAAGCUUUUUGGUGCUCUAUUUUUUACAUAACAACAGCUAAUCGAAACACAAGCAACAUGACCAAGCUAAUUCUGAUUGCAGGUCUCUGUCUUUCCCUUGGCAGUUUGGUCUCAUCCCUUAGACUGGUGUGUUAUUUCACUAACUGGUCCCAGUACCGACCCGGCAGUGGGAAGUUUAUGCCUCUAAAUGUUGAUCCAAACCUGUGUACCCACCUGAUUUAUGCCUUUGCUGGUAUAAGCGAGGCAAAUGAGUUGUCCACCAUAGAAUGGAACGAUGAUGUGCUCUAUAAAUCCUUUAAUGGACUCAAACAGAGGAAUCCAAAUCUUAAAACACUGUUGGCAGUUGGAGGCUGGAACUUUGGAUCACAAAAAUUCACUACGAUGGUGUCAACACCCACCAACCGAAAUACAUUUAUCCAGUCUUCUAUCAAACUGCUGAGAGAAUAUGGUUUUGAUGGACUUGAUUUGGAUUGGGAAUACCCCGCUGCAAGAGGAAGUCCUCUGGAGGACAAGCAGAAAUUUACAUUGUUAUGCAAGGAACUCCUAGAGGCCUACCAGGCUGAGGGGACAGCCAGUUGCAAGCCCAGAUUAAUGGUCUCUGCUGCUGUGGCUGCUGGGAAAGGAACCAUCGAUGCUGGUUAUGAAAUCGCAGAGAUGGCAAAGUACCUGGACUUUAUUAAUGUGAUGACGUAUGACUUUCAUGGCACCUGGGAGACUGUGACAGGACAUCACAGCCCCUUAUACAACGGAUCCCAUGACACCGGGGAACACGUUUACUUAAGUAUUGACUUUGCCAUGAGAUACUGGCGGGACAAAGGAACACCUGUUGAAAAGCUAAACAUGGGCUUUGCUACAUACGGGAGAACAUUUCGACUGUCUACUCAAUCCAGUGGCGUUGGAGCACCAACCAGUGGUCCUGCUGUUGCUGGUACUUUUACGAGGGAGGGCGGAUUCUGGUCUUAUUAUGAGAUUUGCGCUUUUCUUCAAGGGGCCAGUGUCCAGUUGAUUGAGGACCAGAAAGUUCCAUAUGCGGUCAAACAAAAUGAGUGGGUUGGAUAUGACAACAAAGCAAGUUUUGAGACGAAGGUCCGUUAUCUAAAGGACAACAGAUUUGGAGGAGCAUUUGUCUGGGCUCUGGAUCUGGAUGACUUUAAUGGACAGUUUUGUGGACAAGGAAACUACCCACUCAUUAGCCACCUCCGCUCUCUUUUAGACCCGAGUCUUCCUCCCCUUCCCACUAAAAGAACCAUCCCCAAUAUAAUAACUCCACCCUCACACACAGAUAAGCCUCACGCUACACUUCAUCCCAGACCAACAACCCCUACCUCAUCCCAAAACCCAGACAACUUCUGUGCAACAAAGCCUGGUGGGAUUUAUGCCAAGACUGAUGCCCCAGGUUCCUUUUACAGUUGUGCCAACGGCAUCACCUGGGUCCAAAACUGCCCAGCUAAUUUGGUGUUUCAAGACAGCUGCAAAUGCUGCAACUGGCCCUAAGAGCUUGUUACAUCACUUUAUGUUCCACAAGCUCUGAUAUCUGUAGUUAUCAACAGUAAGGAAACAAUCAUUGUUGGGGUUUUUUUCUUAAAACUUUCUGUGAUUUAUUUUCUCUUCUAAAAACAACAAAUUAAACCCUGUCUGAUGCAUUAAA